AUGGAGAGUCUUCCCAUAGAGAUCCCAGAAUACAUAUUCACUCGCUUGCCUCUUGAGUCUACCUUACAAUGCAAACGAGUAUGCAAAAUUUGGAGAACGCUCAUUGGUAAAGGUAAAGUCGGUAUGCUUUUCUCGUUUGAACGCAUUAGCACUUCUAAGCAAAAGAGCCGAAACGAAGUACAACUCUUUUAUGGAGAUCGUAUUUGUUAUCAUCCGCGCGAAGAUAAUCUGGAGAAGUACGACUCCGGUGACACACUUACACACGAUUUUGACAAGAAAGAGGUAAGCUUAGAAACACUUGUAUUGGGUAACACCAUUGUUGGUUCUUGCAAUGGUUUAAUCUGUUUUUGGUCUCCACGUCCCCGUGCAUUCGUCAUUUGCAAUCCUGUAACUGGGGAACACGUUUUUCUUCCAAGAAAUAGAGCGCCAGAAGGUGGAUUUGGUUACCUUGAAUCGAAAAAUGAGUAUAAAGUUGUUAGUUUCUAUUUUGAUAGAUGUAAACAGAAGAGAUAUGCCCAUGUGUAUACUCUUGGCAGUCGGGCUGGGUGGACAAUCGUCCAAACUAAUUACAACCCUUACAUUUUGAAUUUUAAUAGUUCAGGUAUCUUUGCUAAUGGAGCUAUUCAUUGGUUAAACGUCAAUAAGAAUAGUGUAUGGGACUGUAAGAUUGUGGCUUUGGAUUUGGCAGAUGAAAAGUUUAAAUUCGUCCCAUCGCCACCUUUGGAUUAUAAUACUGCUAGAGUAAUCCCUAAACUGGUGUUGUUGGGAAAGAAUUUGUGUACUGUUUUUCAUCACACCGGCAGCGAUCAAGGCAUAGAUAUAUGGUCACUCAAGAUUCAAGAAAACGAUUAA